AUGUCUGACAAGAAGGAAAAGGCCAAGAUCAACACCGAAGAGAAUGAAAAGAUAAAGACACAGAUCGAUGCAUCCAUUGGUAUAGCAAGGUCGCUCAUUAAUUCAUGGCUACCUCCACCUAAGCCUGGAGAAAAAUUGGAUGAUGAUGAUGAUGACGAUACACUCACUAAAUAUUCCACUGGUCGACCUGAUAGACUUGGCCUUGGAGCAAAAUUUCUCUCACAUGCUGAAGCAAUGAGACACAACAAUGACAACGGUUUGGCAUCAAAAGAGGAGAUCUUGCUAAAGAACAAGAUAUUGAACCAGAACAGAAAAGCAGCAAGUCAUCGGGAAACACCUACUCCUAUUGGAAAGCGAUUUCGUCCUCAAGAUCAAAAGUCUGAUUCUUCAGAAGAUGAAGAGGAAUCACGAUUUACCACCAUUGGUACAAGGCAACCUUCCAAAAAGAAAGUCAAGGCGACAUCAACAGGAACAACACCGGCUCCUUCUAAUGCAAAUAAGAAGAAAAAGAUUGGGAACCAAGGCGAUUUCUUGUCCAUGUAUCUAUCAGAACGUGCGGGUAAAAAGAAGAACAAAAAGUAA